GCUUGUUUACAUUACGCAGUUAGCAUCCGGAAGAGAAACAGUCCAGAUCAGAAUUCAUACAAACUUCCCUAGAAAGACGCGAAGUCAUAGUCAAGACUUCAUACCGCAGGAUAUCAUCUGUCAGUCCGUCAGUUUCAGAUAUACAUAAUGUGGCCAAAUCAAGGACCUCCAAACCCAGCCUACCCAGCCUUCCCCCCUGGCCAAGGCCCAUAUGCUCCAGGUUCCAACCCAGCCUUCCCCCCUGGCCAAGGCCCAUAUGCUCCAGCCUCCAACCCAGCCUACCCUCCAGGCAUGACCCCAGGCAUGAACCCACACAUGCCCCCACCCAUGGCUCCAGGGACCAUGCCCUACGGAGCCCCCGGAGGCCAGCCGUACCCCACUGGCCCUGGGUGCUACCCUGGAGUUCCCCCUGGGGGGGUCCACCCUGGUGCAUACCCUGGGGGGGUCCACCCUGGCUCACACCAUCACCACGGACCGGGGGCGGGGCUUCCCAUGGCAGGGGGGGUGGCUGGGAUGGGCAUGGGACUUGCCGGUCACAAAGGUCACAAAAAGAUGAAGAAGAUGAAGAAAGCUAAGAAAGCUCACAAGAAGCACGGCCACCAUGGCAAGUCUUCCAGCAGCAGCAGCAGCAGCAGCAGCUCAGACUGACCUCUGAAGCAUUCAGAAACCUGCCGUGUUAUGAAAAUAAACCAAAUACAACCAUCCAUGGUUUAACAACAGACAUAACAGUGUAUAAUAACGGUAUACUUUUUAUCUUGAUUCAAAGUAUUUGUGCGUCCUGUAAAUAAUUUUUAACGGGCCAUGUACAAAAAUUCAGCAUAUCUUGCGCUUUCAUUCUAUGUAAUAAACCUGUAAUUGAUUAAAUGCAAUAUUCAAAUUAAAUUAAUACUUUUA